AUGUUUCAACAUCAUUUCAUCAUUCAACUACAGCAACUUCAACAACUACAAAUGUCUUCAGACAAGACAAGUUUCAAAUUAAAUCAACAUCAUAGCAAAUCUUUAACAAGUUCAAGUGUCCCUAAAAAAGUCGUCAAGAGGUUACCAUCUAUACCAAAGACCCAAAUAAAUAAUAGAAUGAGUAGUUUUACUUUUAGACCAAAUAGUCAAAGAAAAUUUGAUUGGCCAAUAGAUCCAAUUUCUUUCUUUUACAAAUCUAAAAAUGUAAUUUCAAAAUCAUUAUUCAUUUGA